AUGGAGGUAUCCUCUGAGCUUCUCAGCAAUGGGUGUACCUCCUGGCAGAGGGUUCUGCUCACAGCCUCCCUCUUAACCUGCUGGCUCCUGUCCACCACUGCUCGAGUCACCAUUGAAUCCGUACCACUUAAAUUGGUUGAAGGAGAAAAUGUUCUUCUACGAGUCUACAAUCUGCCAGAGAAUCUUCGAGUCUUUGCCUGGUACAGAGGGGUAAUAAAAUUUAAGCUUGGAAUUGCACUGUAUUCACUGGACUAUAACACAAGUGUGACAGGACCUGAGCACAGUGGUAGAGAGACAUUGCACAGCAACGGGUCCCUGUGGAUCCAAAAUGUCACCCGGGAAGACACAGGAUAUUACACGUUUCAAACCAUAAGUAAAAAUGGAAAACUGGUAUCAAAUACAUCCACAUUUCUUCAGGUGUACUCCUCUCUUUUCAUCUGUGGGCGCCCUUCUCCACCUGCACACCUCACAAUUGAAUCAGUGCCAGCCAGCGUUGCUGAAGGGGGAAGCGUUCUUCUCCUUGUUCACAGUCUUCCAGAUAAUCUUCAAUCGCUUUUUUGGUACAAAGGGUUGACUUUUUAUAACAAGGUUGAGAUUGCCCGGCACAGAACAGCCAAGAGUUCAAGUGAAAUGGGCCCUGCCUACAGCGGAAGAGAGAUAGUGUACAGCAAUGGAUCCCUGCUACUCCAGAAUGUCACCUGGAAGGACACCGGAUUCUACACCCUACGAACUCUGAAUAGAUAUUCGAGAAUAGAAUUAGCAUACAUUUACCUUCAGGUGGACACCUCCCUUUCCUCGUGCUGUGACCCUUUCAACUCUGUCCAACUGAGGAUCNAUCCAGUGCCACCACAUGCUGCUGAAGGGGAAAGUGUUCUUCUCCAGGUCCAUGAUCUUCCAGAAGAUGUGCAAACCUUUUUGUGGUACAAAGGCGUGUAUAGCACUCAGGGCUUUAAAAUUACAGAAUAUAGCAUAAUGACAGAGUCUAUCAUCAGUGGCCGUGCACACAGUGGAAAAGAGAUAGGGUACACCAAUGGAUCCCUGCUGCUCCAGGAUGUCACUGAGAAAGACUCUGGCUUCUACACACUAGUAACCAUCGACAGCAAUGCGAAAGUUGAAACAGCGCAUGUGCAAGUCAAUGUGAACAAGCUUGCAACACAGCCUGUCAUGAGAGUCACGGACAGCACAGUUAGAGUACAGAGCUCAUUGAUCUUCACUUGCUUCUCAGACAACACUGGGAUCUCCAUCCAUUGGCUUUUCAAUAAUUAGAGUCUGCAGCUCACAAAGAGGAUGACCCUGUCUCCAUCAAAGUACCAACUCAGGACACAUACUGUGAGGAAGGAGGAUGCUGGAGAGUAUCAAUGUGAGGCUUUCAGCCCAGUCAGCUCAAAGACCAGUCUCCCAGUCAGUCUGGCCAUGAUGAAUGAGUAA